CCCCAUUCAAUCCUUCCCCACGGCUCCUCGUCUUUGCUAGCACCAUUCUCUCCAUUCUCUCCAUUCUUUCCAUCCUUUCCAUGUCUGUCUCCCUUAUGCGUGGUGCCCUGCCGCCCAUCCGCUCAGCCCAGGCCGUGGUGGCCCCCCACCGGCAUCUCCGACUGUCUCUCCAGCGCCCCUAUUCCUCUUCCUCUUCUUCUUCUUCUUCCUCCUCCUCCUCCUCCUCCUCCUCUGCUCAAUCCCCCAACCCCACCCACUACAGCCGCUCUAACUUCAAAGUCCUCCCCUUCAUCUGCCUGUUCGCCCUCGGCACCGGUUCCUACGUCCUGCUUGUGAAAUCCCGUACCGGUGUCCACAAACCCAAGCCCGAUUCCACCAACUAACCCCCUCCAACACCACCCCCUUCCCCCCCAAAAAAAACAAAAUGUCCACUCCGCGCUUCUCUCCCGCCUCCAUAACAGUCGUCUUCAUCCUCGGCGGCCCCGGCAGCGGCAAAGGCACCCAAUCCACCAACCUCGUCCGGGACUACGGCUUCACUCACCUCAGCGCCGGCGACCUUCUACGCGCCGAACAAAUCCGCACCGGCAGCCAAUACGGCGACCUCAUUAAGACCUACAUCCGGGAGGGCAAGAUCGUCCCUAUGGAAAUUACUGUGGCUUUGCUAUCCAACGCUAUGGCUGAUGCCCUGGCCGCCAACUCCAACCUGACCCCCGGUUUCAAGCCCCGCUUCCUGAUCGAUGGGUUCCCGCGCAAACUCGACCAGGCGGUGUUCUUUGAGGAUACCGUGUGUCCGUCGGAAAUGACUCUGUUUUUGGAUUGCCCGGAGGAAGUGAUGGAGGCGAGACUGUUGAAGAGAGGAGAGACUUCUGGGAGGGAUGAUGAUAAUGCUGAGAGUAUUCGGAAGAGGUUCCGCACGUUUGUGGAGACCAGUAUGCCUGUUGUGAAGGCGUUCGAGGAGCAGAACAAGGUCGUUUCGGUCACGGCCACCGGGUCGGUCGAGGACGUGUAUGAGCGCAUUCGGGAAGGGUUCGAAGCUAAGGGGGUGAAUCCCUUAUGAUUUAGGUAGAAGCGACAUGAUUGACUUGGUUGCGUGUAUGUAGGAGUCGUUAUAGAGGGUUGGAUAGAUGACUGGGUACAUAGGCUGGAGCGAUGCUUCUUGAUGUUGAAUUUAUCGAAUUCUUGUGUAUCUAAAAACCCCACCCACAGCAGUAGGGUGGGAAUGUCGAGCCAGUAGUCUAUCAUAUAGCACAUGUAAACAAAUUACAAACUCAAUCAUAGUUACACACUAAGGCAUAACUCGUGUCAUUGUCAGGCCCCCUUCACAUAGUGAACCUGUCUAGAAUCCAAUAGCUACCAUGAUGAAAACCGUAAGUUGGAAUAAAAAAAUAGCCACAGCACAACAUUAACAAAGAAGAACACCUCGGCCCAGUCCUACAC